AUGGAAAAUAGCCGAGCAGUUAUACCCUUUUCUGCCUGUAAUGAUUUGAAUGUUGUUUUUCGUGAUUCAAUUUCUGGAGCAGUAAUUCUUUUUGACCGUGAAAAUAAGCAGUUAAGCCUUUAUCGUAAUAUGAAAGAUGGUGUACUUAUGAAAAAAAUGGAUACGACAUUUUGUCCUCUUUGUUAUCGACCAUUUCAUUCAAAUGAACUUCAUGAAACAUUAGAUGAAUUUUCACAACGUUCUCCAUCAUUUAUUAAUUCAGAAUAUUUUCGAUUUCUUGAGGGUUUUUAUUGGGAUGUUACAAAAAGGUCGUCUACUCCAUCAUCAUUUUCAGAUGUUUCCACACCAGAAAUUAUAUCAUUUGAUUCUCCUUCUCCAAAACCAACUCCUCUUUCAUCAUUAUCAUUUAAUCAGGGUUAUUUUAAAAGAUUUUUUAUUUCUGAAGGAUUACUUGGCCGAGGAUCUAGAGGUGAGGUUCUUAAAGUAUUGCAUGUUUUGGACGGUGUUCCUCUUGGUCAUUACGCAGUUAAACGAAUCCCUGUUGGUGAUAGCCAUUCCUGGCUUAAAAAACUAUUGAAAGAGGUGCACUUAUUACGCUUAAGACAUACUAACUUGGUUCAUUACAAUCAUGUUUGGCUUGAGAAUUCCAAAUUAACAAAGUUUGGACCUUCUGUCCCAGUUUUAUAUAUUUUGCAGGAAUAUUGUGAUAGAGGAGAUCUGGAAAGUUAUCUUCAAGAUUUAAUAUCAUCUAAUGAGUCUACACUCUUUGAUUUUAAAAAAAAAGAAAAAAGAUUGAAAGGAAGGCCACUUUUUACGGAACAUAUGGGUGAAACUAUACUUCCAUUGGAGAUGAUAUUUUCUUUCAUUAAAGACAUUGCAUCUGGUUUGACUUUUCUUCAUGAGAAUGACAUGAUUCAUCGGGAUUUAAAACCAGGAAAUUGUUUGCUUCAAAGUACAAAAAAAAGCCUUUAUCCAAGGGCUUUGGUUAGUGAUUUUGGAGAAAGUCAAGUAGCUACUGAGGUAGAUCCACGAUCUGGAGGUACAGGGACACUAGAAUAUACUGCACCUGAAGUAUUACUUGUAGGAGAAGAUGGAAAAUUGAAAGGAUUUUUUACACCUGCAUCAGAUGUAUUUUCUCUUGGGCUAAUUUUAUAUUGGUUACUUUUCCCGGGAAAACUUCCAUAUAAACAUUCUGCAGAAGAAUAUGAUAAUUUAAGACUUGAAAUAUUGAAUUUUAAAGGUUAUCAACAUGAUUAUAAAAACACUAAUUUUCCGGAAUAUUUAUAUAAAUUUUUAGAAACAAUGUUAUCAUCAGAUCCUUAUAGAAGACCUUCAUCUCAAGAAGUUCUUGCGUUUAUGAUUAGGGUUUCAAAAGAAUACACAAGUAAAAAUGAUUUUAAAAAUGAUGAAUUGUCACAUUUUAAUGAAUUCGAAAAAUCACGUAUUGUGCCUGUACUAUCUCAAGAAAAUUUUAAAUUAGAGGAAGCCAAAUUUGCUUCUCUUAACAAACAAGCGACUAUAAAAAAAAAUAAGGUAAGAUUCUAA